GAUGGUCUGAAAGUGUCCAUGUUGUCCACAGACCUCAGCGGGACCAUCAGCACCCCCGAUGUUAAACUGAACAUGGCCAGCGACGGCGGCAGGGAUCCGUACGCCACCACCUUCCUGAGGCAGCGAGGCUACGGCUGGUUGUUGGAGGUGGAGGAGGACGACGGCGAGGAGAGCAAACCUCUGCUGGAGGAGCUGGACAUCGACCUGAAGGACAUUUACUACAAGAUCCGAUGCGUGCUGAUGCCCAUGCCGUCUCUGGGUUUCAACCGGCAGGUGGUCCGAGACAACCCGGAUUUCUGGGGCCCUCUUGCCGUGGUGCUGCUGUUCUCCAUGAUCUCCAUCUACGGACAGUUCAGGGUGGUGUCCUGGAUCAUCACCAUCUGGAUAUUCGGCUCUCUGACCAUCUUCCUUCUAGCCCGUGUUCUUGGUGGUGAGGUCUCCUAUGGCCAGGUCCUUGGAGUAAUCGGAUAUUCCCUUCUUCCUCUCAUCGUCAUCACCCCUCUGCUGGUAGUGAUGGGAGGCUUUGAAGUGGUCUCCACGCUAGUCAAGCUGUUCGGUGUGUUCUGGGCGGCGUACAGUGCUGCUUCGCUCCUCGUCGGAGACGAAUUUAAGACCAAGAAGCCCCUCCUCAUAUAUCCCAUCUUCCUAUUGUACAUCUACUUCCUGUCACUGUAUACUGGCGUGUGACUGGAUGCGUUGGAACUGCAGCCCUUCUGGCCAUGGACAGUGACCCUCAGUCAUGGGGGGGCUCAGCUGAACCCUGGAGGGUUUUUUUUUUUAACUCUAAACAAAUCAAAACAGUGAGGUUAUGGGAAAUAUGUACCGCUGUAAAUAGUUUGGGCCCUUCCUUCUUUGCUCAAUAAAGUUAAGAGGUUCUGCAGGAGUCUCCGUCAUCACAUGCCUGGAGCUGCUUCCAGGAAUCAGGACAUCAUCUGCAGGAUUUUUGUUUGGUUUUCCUGGAUGUUUUAGUUCAUAGAGCGAUGGAGGAGACGGGAACAGCCUCUGUUUUAAGGCAAAUUACCUGUAAUGCCAUGCCAUGUUUGCUUUUUUUCUUUGAUUCUUCCUAAAAAGAUCCUGAUCCUUUACUGAGAGCUAAAGUAAAUAACAGGAGCAUCGUGUGAAUCAGUCGUCUUGUAUUUGUUGGCAGGUCACUAAGUUAUUUAUCUUGAACUAAUUGACAUUCCUUUACAUUAAAAGAAAUCAAUGAAUGCACCAAAUAUUUGUAAAGU